ACAUAACUUUAUUGCCCUUUCUCUCACCAUAUAUACUUAACCAACUUGCUAUUGUAUGGGCUAUAUCUAUCUAUUUAGCCUUUAUCAGCAAAGCCAAUCUCAUUCUCUCCCCAGCAAUGGCAAUGUGGAUGCUGAAGUUCAUGCUUCCUCUACUUUUCCUGGCCAUGAUUCCUCCAAAAACUGCCUAUGCCGAAUUCGAGCUAUGGUGUGUGGCAGAUGAGCAGACCACAGACUCUGAGUUGCAGGGGGCCUUAGAUUGGGCUUGUGGGAAAGGAGGUGCAGAUUGCAGCAAGAUUCAGGAGAACCAACCUUGCUACUUCCCAAACACAUUGAAAGAUCAUGCUUCUUAUGCCUUCAACAGCUACUUUCAAAAGUCCAAGCAUAGUGGUGGUUCUUGCCACUUUAGAGGUGCUGCCAUGACAACAGAAGAGGAUCCUAGUCAUGGUUCUUGCCACUAUGACUUCAUUCCCUGAUCUCAACUGUGAAGGGUGACUCAAAAAACUGCAGAGAAAACUAGAUCUUGGGCCUUAUAUUUCUGUGGAAUACCAAUGUACCAAUUUUGCUCUUGCUUUUUUUGUAUUAUUGACAGAGCUUAAGUCUUCCAUUGUAGUUGCGAGCUGAUCUCAGUCGAAGGCUGAAAAAGCUUAAAUUCUUUUCCUGCUCUUGUAUUACUGGCUUGCAAUCUUAAAAACUAAUUUCAUUUCUUUUUUAAUGAAUUGAUGAACGUGUAGUUCAAUUGCAUUUUUCA